CUUCAUUAGCUUUCUUCAGACUUCAUGAGGAAAUAAUUGACUUCUAUAACUUCAUGUCCCCUUGUCCUGAAGAAGCAGCCAUGAGAAGAGAGGUGGUGAAACGGAUCGAAACUGUGGUUAAAGAUCUUUGGCCAACAGCUGAUGUCCAGAUAUUUGGCAGCUUUAGUACUGGUCUCUAUCUUCCAACGAGUGACAUCGACUUAGUGGUCUUUGGAAAAUGGGAGCGUCCUCCUCUCCAACUCUUGGAGCAGGCCCUGAGGAAGCACAACGUGGCUGAGCCAGGCUCCAUCAAAGUUCUGGACAAAGCUACAGUACCAAUAAUAAAACUCACAGACCAGGAGACUGAAGUUAAAGUUGACAUCAGCUUCAACAUGGAGACUGGGGUCCGGGCAGCAGAGUUCAUCAAGAAUUAUAUGAAGAAAUAUUCAUUGCUGCCUUACUUGAUUUUAGUAUUGAAACAGUUCCUCCUGCAGAGGGACCUGAAUGAAGUUUUUACCGGUGGAAUUAGCUCAUAUAGCCUAAUUUUAAUGGCCAUUAGCUUUCUACAGUUGCAUCCAAGAAUUGAUGCCCGGAGAGCUGAUGAAAACCUUGGAAUGCUUCUUGUAGAAUUUUUUGAACUCUAUGGAAGAAAUUUUAAUUACUUGAAAACUGGUAUUAGAAUAAAAGAAGGAGGUGCCUAUAUUGCCAAAGAAGAGAUCAUGAAAGCCAUGACCAGCGGGUAUAGACCUUCGAUGCUGUGCAUUGAGGACCCCUUGCUGCCUGGAAAUGAUGUUGGCCGGAGCUCCUAUGGGGCCAUGCAGGUGAAGCAGGUUUUUGAUUACGCGUACAUUGUACUCAGCCAUGCUGUGUCACCGCUUGCAAGGUCCUAUCCAAACAGAGAUUCGGAAAGUACUUUAGGAAGAAUUGUCAAGGUAACUCAGGAAGUGAUUGACUACCGGCGGUGGAUCAAGGAGAAGUGGGGCAGCAAGGUCCACCCACCUCCCGACCUUGACAAUAGAAUUAAGAUAAAAGAGCGAAUAAACGCCUGUGAUGGGGAGCAGCCCCAGCGCCGAGACCCAGAGCCACCCUACACCCAGCACCUGACCUUGUCUCUGCCCUGCCCCCAGCUUCUCUCCUCGGGCUCGUCUGCAUCUUCCGUGUCUUCACUUUCUGGAAGUGACAUUGAUUCCGACACCCCACCCUGCACAACGCCCAGCGUUUACCAGUUCAGUCUGCAAGCACCCACUCCCCUGCUGGCCAGCUUGCCGACCGCCUUGCCCAUGCCGAGUGGCAAGCCUCAGUCCACUACUUCCAGAACAUUGGUCAUGACAACUAACACUCAGGUAUGUGGCCACUGGUGCCCAUCCUGUGAUAGGUGCUUAGGAACUGUUGUGGCCCCCAUUCCUUGCAGACAAGUUGGUGUUGAAGGAACUUCAGCACUGAAGGCUGUGCACCACAUGUCUUCCCCGGCCAUUCCAUCCGCGUCUCCUAACCCGCUCUCCAGCCCUCAUCUGUAUCAUAAGCAGCACAGUGGCAUGAAGCUGGCCAUGAAAGGCUCUCACAACCACAGCCAAGGUGGCAGCUACAGCUCUGUGGGCAGUGGAGGUGUGCGACCCCCUGUGGGCAACCGAGGACACCACCAGUAUAACCGUACCAGCUGGAGGAGGAAAAAACACACGCACACGAGGGACAGCCUGCCUGUCAGUCUCAGCAGAUAAUAGCUCCUGGUGGCGCCUCCUGGCCACCGCCCUUCCCAGACUGACCCGGGUGGCCUCGGCGCCUGGCAGGAACUGAGACCAGCAUCCAGCACAUCAGCCGGGCCCCUCAAACGCCUGCCGCUGAUCACUCUGCAUGUUCCUUGUGUGGUGGUCACGUCCAUCUUAAAGAACAGCUCCUUGUGCUCAUCUGUGAAGCCUUAUUCCACGUGGACGCUGUUUUCUGCCUUCCCAGGAUCCUUCCAGAAGCAGGUCUGGACCUGGAGCUGCAGGGGGUGAAGUCGGCUUGGGCGUUUGUUUCUCAGCUGUGUCUGUUCCUUCGAGGUUGGGUGUUUUCAUCUUACGUUUGUCAGAGCCACAGAGAUCAACCCCAUAUCGGCUCUUCCUCGGUGGAUGGAUGGAGGUCACAUUGUUUUACUGCCCUCACGUUUUGUUUCAAGUUUCAGAACUGUUUUUCUAUGUAAAUAUUGAAAACUUAUCAUUUGUGCAAUAACUCAGAUAUUUUUUAUUUAAUUUCCUAUUUUCACAUAAGUUAUAUUUAAGGGAAGAGGGAAUUUUUUUUAAACAAGCUUAGGUCCUUUCCCGAGUUGCUUUUCUAAGUUGGGUUCAUAGGGUUGGCUGGUUGUCUGGUGAGCACCGUUGCAAACACCAGGAGUGAGGGGCUUGGGUUUAUUUUUAUGUUUAUUAUUUGGGUCAGAGGGGAAGCCUCUCAAUUUAUGAUGAAGGAGCCGAGUUGCCCCCUAGUUUUCUGAAGGGGUUUGGCCCCCGAGUCUUCUGACCAGCUGCCUGCCGGUUCUGCCAUCCAGCCUGUCUGUUGUCUCGCUCUGACCAUGGAGUUUUAACGUUUUGGUUUUUGGUUCUUUUAAAAUAGACAACAAAUCCAGCAUUAAAAGUGCCAGAAGUAUAACUUUCUAAGGGGAGAAGAGGUUGUCACAUUAUAAAAAAAAAAAAAAAAUGUGAACUACAUGCUUCAGUCAGCUUUAGUAAUAACAGCCUGCAAUGAUGGGGCUGGUGAAGAUCAUGACGGACAAUGGUGCCCAGUUUAGGAAUGUGGAGAAAGGAAUUAUGUUGAUUCCAUUGAGGAAUCUGUAUAGCAGUAUGCAUUCGUUCUGUUAAGAGCAAAUAUAGGAAAAGUACUUCAGCUGCUCAGCAAAUAUAGGAAAAAUGCUUCAGCUGCUCAGCUCGCUGUGGGGAGUAUUCCUAAUGCUUGCAGGAGAGCACAGCCCAGUGUCGGGCUGGGAGGGCUGGCGCCCAACUUGAGAAGCAUACAGGUAUACUAUGCAAGUGUAUUCUGCCAUGACAACCACUGUCUUUGUUACCUUUUUUUGAACAAGAAUAUAUCCAUCCUGCCUAACCCUGAGUUUUUGGAACACUACAAUUGUCCUGGGAUUUAGCUGCAUCUCAUAGGUCUGACUUCCCAUUUCUAACAUGGGGUAUUGGCCCCGCUGAACACUACAGGGAGGUUGGCCUUUGGAGUCCACUAGUGGAGUAUGUU